UAGUACUUACCGGUUCACGUUAACGUAGCUCUUGUUGACACUUUGCAGGGUUUGACAGCGAGCAAUGUCCGAAUCAGGAAGAUGAACGCCUGUCUGUUUCUGUUGACAUUCAUAGUUUUUAACGAAUAUGCCGAAUCGGGUCAAACGAAGAAACAUGGACUUUAUUCACCUUCUGACGAUGUGACAGUUUUAACCAAUGAAAAUUUCUACGAUCACUUUUUGGACAAAGAGAAUGCUUGGUUGAUCGAGUUCUACAACAGCUGGUGCGGCCACUGCAUCAACUUCGCACCCACAUGGAAGAAGUUUGCUACAUACGCCAAGGGUUGGGUGAGCGUGUUGUCAGUGGGAGCUGUGGACUGCUCCAAUGCAAACAACAGUGGGCUGUGCCGAACCUUUGAUACCCAGGGCUACCCUACAAUGUUGUUCUUCAGGCCCCAUGCCAGCAAGAAUUCCUCCCAUCAUACAGCGACACACACACUGGCUGGAGGACAUGACUUCGACAGCUUGGUAAGCUUCAGCUUCAAGUGCCUAGACUCAAUCAACUCUACAGCUCCACCUUCCUGGCCAAGACUGCAGCCACUAAAAACAAUACAAGAAAUCUGGACAGAAGCAAAAGAGCACCAUGAAUAUGUUUUUCUUAUUUUCGAAGAUCCAAAAUCAGUACUGGGAAGAGAGGUUAUUCUGGACACGAUGAACCUGCCCAGCAUCCUGGUGCGACGAAUGCUGAAAGCAGAUGUCACCAAGUUUGGCAUCAACACCUUUCCCUCACUGUACUCUGUCAACAAGGAUGGCAUAUACAAGAAGGUUGUCGUGGGUGAUUAUGGUAUUCAAGAUAGGUCAAAGUUUGUAAGUGCCAUUCAAGUCUUCAGUGGAAAGAAGGUUGCAAGCAACAAUACAAUGCACAGCUUUGUAAGGGUCGGUGACAAGAAGGAGGAUGAAGACCAGGAAAUGAAGAACGAGGGAGAUGGGGAGGGGCAGUACGAGCAGGGAAAGGAGGCAGAGGACAGACCCCCACAGUCUGCCCUAGUACACAUGAAGGACUUGGAAUCAGCUCUACACUACAGCUUGAAGCAGGAGGUGGCCAUUAAGAGCUCUAUUGAUGAAGAGGGUGUAACAGCACUGAAGAACUUUAUAACAAUUCUUGUGAAGUAUUUUCCUGGUCGGGAGGAGAUAAUUUCAUACCUGAACAAUGUCAAGAAGUGGCUAAACACUGUAACAGGCAAACUGAGAGGAGAGGCGUGGUCCAGACAACUAGAUGCCAUACAGGCCAAAGGGAGUUUCCUGCCAGAUGAUGUGACAUGGGUUGGCUGUGCUGGUAGUGAGACACGUUACCGUGGUUACCCUUGUGGCAUGUGGACACUGUUUCAUACACUUACUGUUUCCUCUCAUCUGUCUCAUCUCAGGACCAACCCACAGGAAGUGUUGCUUGGCAUCAGUGGUUACAUGAAGAAUUUUUUUGGCUGUGAAGAAUGCUCACAUAAUUUUCUGAAGAUGGCCUCUACAGUAGAGCAAGAGGUUCAUGAUGGGUCUGACACUGUGUUGUGGCUGUGGCGGGCACACAACAAGGCCAACAAGCGACUCCAUGGAGACCUGUCAGAGGACCCCCAGCACCCCAAGCUUCAGUUCCCCUCCAGGACGUCAUGUCCCAAGUGUCACAAGGACAACACAGACUGGGAUGAGGCCCAGGUAUUGACUUACCUUGUGAGCUUGUACAGACGGGACAAUAUUGUGAGUGACAGCAGGCAGACAGCCCUGAAAGAUGCAAGGGUCCGAGACAGAGGGGAGCUUGACUGGUGGGAGAAACAUCAGCGUGCUCAAGACCUGGAGAAGAUUCACACGCUCAGAAAGCAGAAGAAAGUGGCAUUCCAGCAGAAGAUGGAGCGACAGAUCUGGGAGCAGGCUCGUAGGUCAGACAGCCAGGAGAACAUCCACCAGGACAGGCAGUAUCACACAUUGCGGAAAGGCUGGGGGCUCAAUGGGGUGGACCUUGGCAUGUGCAUGAUGUUCUAUGUCAUGUGUGCCGUAAUCAUUCUACUCAUGUACUAUCACUUCACAAUACGCCGGAACUGGAAGCCAUGUGGCUGUCUACCAGUAUGAUGAAGACAUCUACUACUACCAGAGCUUCUAGUUGUGUGUUUGUGUCGAAAGUAAUGUUUUAUACAUGAAUACAUGUGCUGUUUAUCUCCUGGCAGUGGGGUGAGGGUCAUGUACAUCCGUGUGGGAUUGUCCAGGACUGCCUUCACACUACAUCGUAGCAUGGUGGUAUGGGGCUUUCUGGGAAGGCUGUAAGUUAGUUUCGUUGUUGAUGGUUUAAGGUAUAUGUAACCUCUCUAGUGUGUUGGAGAAUGUUUGCUUUCUAAUGGGUUUGUGGGGAUACUUAAUUUGCCCGUACACCGAUUGUUGCAUAAUGAGUGAUAAAGCAGAUGUAGGACAUGAAAAUGACAAAUGCUGAAGAGUUUUACAUUGUCAGACACUGUUUUAUGAUGGUCAUAAGUGCAAUAUUGUUGUCCACUCAAAUUGAUUUUAGAUAUUUUUCAUUUUGAUAACCAAACUGAAUUUUUUGUAAAAUAGUUGAUCUUAAUGUAAAUCGACAUAGUAUGUAUCAUAAACAGUCAGCAUUAUGUACUCAUGUUCCCUGGUGACAUGUUGUGUGCUGCACACCACACUACUGUCCAGGUAGGUUGUAAAUAACACUAUAUGUUGUUACAGUGAUGUACACUUGGGUAUUUAUUGAACAUUCCGUCAUGAUACAUCCCACUGAUUGUUGACAGUGUAUAUUAUUUACAAGAGGAAAUAUUUGUAGCAUUUCAAUCUGAUCUUGUGUGGAAAUGCUGGAAGAGUGAAAGAGAUAAAUCCACCUUCUGAGGAAAUCUGUAUGCAUGUUCUCAAAGCAAGAAUUCCCAAUCUCAUUAAAAUCAGAUCUUAGUGCUCGCUACUGCUUAACAAGAUCUGAGGACAUCCCAUAACGGGUCAUGUCAGAAUGACCUUUCAUCUGACUAAUCAGAGUGUUGCUUUCCCGAUCGAAAAGUGACAGUUGGAAUGUUAUUUUAGUAAUCAGUAACUUUACAAAUGUUAACAUGGUGUAUUCCGAAUGACAGUUUGGGCUGUACGAUGAGAUGAAUGAAAAUUUGAAACAAAAGACUUUCAGCAGCCUGUGGGAAGUACUGCCAUACAAUAUCACCUAUAUAUUGGUCAUUCCAGAAUGUUCUUUUGUUCAAUUUUGAAAGUUUGAAUCAAGAACUUUGUCAAAAUAUGUUUCAAGCAUGGAAGUCAUCAUUUUCAAACUGGUGCCAUAAAACUUGAGAAAGCUGCUUUUUCUCAUAGGUUGAUGUUGAGCUGCCUGUUAGUUGUUUGAUUGGUCGGUCAAAGUUCGCAAAAGGUCGCAUUGACGUGACCUGUAAUGCGAUGUACUCAGAUCUUUGGUUUAGCUGUAGAAAGCACUAAAACCUUAUUUUAAUGAGAUUGACUAAUUCCAAAAAUGAUAAUUUCCUUAAAAUGUUUAAUGCCAAACUUGUUAUCAAACUACUUAAGUUUUUGCAUAUGUCUUUCUCAUGCAGUAUGAUGAAGAUGCUGUGAAAUGUACCAAUGGUCAGCCUUUCAGCUUACACAUAGCUCACCCUAUAGUUUUGGUGAUUUGGUCCUUGUUUGAAAGCAGUAUAUAGGAUGAUCAUGUGCCAGUGUAAGUCUUGUUGCAUGCUAAUCAUUGUUGAUGGUUUCCACAGACAAGGGGAAGCCAAGGGCAGUAUCACAUUUCCAUUUGCUCUCCAUAAGAAACUCCCACCCUCAUUCACUGACACAUGAUAUUUGGUCAGGAUGGGAUGGUGUGUACUGUCUUGUCGCCACCAGACCUUGUAAUGCAUGUGGCUUUCUCAUGAAGACUGCCUCUUUGUAGCUCUCGCAUUGAUGACCUUUAGGAUGUAUCGAGACAAUUGUUUUUCUAAAUCUAUUUCAAUUUCCUGCUUGUCAAUGUGCACAGGUAUAAUGACAUACUGUAUAUUGCCGUCUAUAAAGUGACCCCCGCGCAUAAGGCAACAUCCCUGUAAAAGCCUUCAAAAUCUGUGCUUAUUUAUAUACCCCAUCUAUAAGGCAUACUGGAAUGAAGCCCAUCCCAAGCCAAUACACAAUCCCUACAUUUGCAAUAAAAACAUGGAAGCAACCUUGCUUGAGGCGAGGCUCAUUUUAAGUUUAUUUGCAGGAAAAAUGUAGUAAGAACAAGGAAAUCAGAUACAAUAAGUGUUUAUAUACAGAAAUAGUUCUUGGAACAGUUAUUUCAGGUGAAAUGCGAAGAUUUACUGUCAAACAACAUCAGUGCCAGGCUGGCUAUCAAAUGCUGGUGACAUCGCCAGUGGAACCUGAAAGUUAUACAGCUAGUAAAAAACAUGAGAUCCUCUGCCCUGUGUAUAGGAUGCCUCCUCUUAAAACACUGCUCAUUCUAGGUACGAAAAACAUGGCGAUAUACAGUAUAUUGGAAUUAUAUUUCUAGAUGUUUAAUAUAAGGAUUUGAACUCUGGUAAGGUUAUAUUUUUAAAAUCUGAUUUUGACCUUGUAAUCUGUGCCCUGUUAUAAGACAACACUGACCAGAUGCCAGUGCAUGUGACCGUGUGCAUUAUUACUUGCAGAUUCAACGUGUAAUUGUUUCAGUUAUAGAAAUAUCUUAUUUGUAAUAAGAUUUCUCAGGAAUGUUUUGGUAUUCCACUGAUAAUUGUCUCUCUUGGUGACAGCCUUGGACAGACAUCUCUGACACCAUGACAUAAGCAGACUUGUAACGUGGCAUGAACACCUUGUUAAACAGCUGGGUCCAGCAGCAUGGUAUUGUUCAGGUGACACUGGGAAACCAGAAGUCAACACUGAUGUGUAUAGGAGGCAGUGCUAAGAGCUAGCCUUGGCUUCUUUUGUGUAACAGGAUUUUAGCAGUCAUGAUGUUGGCAUGCACAGAGCCUAAAUAUUAAACUGCUAAGUUUAUUCUAAUAAUAGGAAAGUGCUUAAUUUUACUCUUAAACUAAUUUCUUAAGUUUAUAAUUUCAAUUGUAUUUCACUAAUUCGAUAAAGUUGUAUACUGAAUGCUUUUGAGGAGAUUAUUUUCCUAAUUACAGCAAAAUAUGAUUACCAAUGUAAUAUGCAUAUAUUAAAGAGAUAUGAUAUGAUAUUCUACAUUGGGGUUGUGUUGAUAAGUACGAUCAUAUGUCUGUUGAGCAUGUCUCUGGAUAUCAGUUAGUGGUUGUUUUAUAUAGUGUACAUUUGGAAAUAGUAUUAUUUAUGCCAUGUGUAGUUGCCCAUUUCUUUGGGUACAUAUGUACCUAUGUAUCUAGUGAGCCUCAGCCCAGCCCUUCCUCCCUGAACCCUCGUCCAGGACACUACAUGGUCAUCAAUUGGGUUGGCUUUGAUGCAGGAUUCCACCUGGCACUGUUUACCACCAUACAAAACAAGGACCAUGUACCAACAACUGAAGUCUUUCACAAUCAUCACAACUGUUCAUUGUCCAAUCAUCACCUGGUUUAUGAAAUCUUGAGAACAAUUGAAGGUGUUGACUGAGCUAAGUUUGUCUAGUUGGACUCUAGCUUGCACCUCUAGCAGGAAGAGAGUGUACCAAGUGGUUGAAAAUGGACCUGAUAAUAAAAGUGGAACUUAUGUCCACAACGACAGAAAAAAAAAUAUGACUGCUGUUGGUCUUCCUCUGUCAUGUUCGUCCCACAGCAACAUCAUUUCACUAUCUAAGCCAUCCAUUUACAUCGGUUGCAAUUGACAGUUAGGGUAUCAUGUAGGGCAACUAACUUUCAUUUAAAUCCUAUAUUUUGCUGCACUGGAUUUUGGAUAACCACACACUGAAAGGAUAAUACGAUAUCAUUUGACCUAUUUGACCCUAGACUACCUAUGUGAGGGUGUUUUCUUAUGUUUAGGACAUAUAUGUCAUCUCUGAAUGUAAGAAAGCAGACAAUUAGGUGGAACAGCCUCUCAUUUAGCCCUGUUUGUGGAUUUUCAAUUUGCAGCAAUGCAUCUCCAAUCUCCAAUAAAACAGGUUUGUCUUACAUUCGACAAUUUAGAAAAGUAAUACAGUUUGUUCUACCACCAUGUGUACUGUAGUAAAGUAUGGUUUUGCCUGAACGAUCAUGACUUCAAGGUGCUCUAUCCUUUCUUAUAUUAACAUAGGGGUAGAGCAAACUGUUUCUUAAAUGCAUCUUUGCCAAAUACAAUGGUCAUGUGACUUUAUAAUGAUGCCUUCUGGCACGCCUAGGGAUUGAUCUUAUUACAUUACUUUACGCCUUAAUUUGGCUUAAAUUGAGCUUGUUAUGUGGUUAGCACCAUUUACACAGAAUUUACUCAAAAAGUAUAUAUUGGUCUUGUCUCUUUACAAUGCGGCCAGUGUUUUUACUCCAAACAAUAUGUCCCAAUCUGGCCCAAUAUUUUCACCUAUGUUUUAUCUCAAUCUGUUAUUUAUAUCUAUUGAUGUGAAGUCUUUGUGUACUUUUUCAACACAUUUUUAUUAAAUAUUUUCUUCUGUUUUCAUUGCAGAUAUUUGGCUACUUGGCUUGUUUUUUAUACAGUGAUGCAAGAAGUGAGCUUAUGCUUGAUGAAAAAUAAGGGCAAACUCACGUUUCAUUUGAUAGUGUAAAGGUGACAAUUUGUUGAUUGUGUGAAAGUAUAUCAUGUAUCGAUUUGUGUGAUGUAUGUUUACCCUUUUACCAACAGUGAUUUUAUUAGGUAUCAGAAGUCGACACUUGUCUAUUGUGUCAGUAUCUCGCAACUCUACAGAUCGAGAUUCAACAGUGGACAUGACUAUGUAAACUUGAAGUCAAUACCAGCUUUCACAGGAAAUAGGAAGUUAAUACAGCUUCAUUGAAUA